AUGAGAUUUGCCCUAUUCAUUUCUUUUUUACUCUUCGGUGCUGUGAAAGCUGCAUAUAUUGAUGUUGAUGAAAAUCUCAAUAUCACGGAACUGAGUGUUUGUUCUGAUUCUUCAAGUGUGCUUAAUUUUCCUAGUAUUAAAGAAGAACUUAUUCAGUUCGUGGAGUACUGUUCCUUGGCAUACUGUAUGCCAAAGAACAAGAUUACAGACGGGAAUUUGGUUGAUGCCUGUCCAAUAUCCUCUUGCACAGAUAGCACUGGAAAUAAAAAAAUUGUUUAUCAGUUUAAAGGAGAUAUUUCCGGCCUAAUUGUUCAGGAUGAUACCAAUAAGCAGAUCAUUCUUGUGUUUAAGGGUACAACCUCUGAUAGAGAAUGGGAAAUUGACUUUGAUACUUCCCAUAAAAAGUAUGUUCCUUACACUGUCAGCCAGGGUAUCAACACAAUGGACUUUACAUGUGGGGGCUGCCAGGUCCACACAGGUUUCUACGAUGCCACCAGUAUUUUCAUGAAUGAAGCAUUUCAAUACAUGCAGGAGUUACACAAUGAAUAUCCAAGCUACAGUAUUUUUGUGACUGGCCAUUCUUUGGGUGCUGCUCUAGCAGUUCUUGCUGCAAAUGAACUCAGACUCGUGGGCAUGGAUAUUACCCUUGUGAAUUAUGCAGGUCCAAAAGUUGGAAAUCCUUCUUUUGCCGAAUGGAUGAAUGAUCUAUGGAGUAUAUCGUACUUGACCGACUUCCUCAAAGCAGGUAAAGGUAACCAGCUCCCGACAAACACCUUUACCAGAGUCACAAGCAAAGGCGACAUUGUUCCAUUAGUACCAUUAGCAGCUAUGAAUUUUGCUCACUCCGGUUCUGAGAUUCAAAUCAACAGGAAAACUAAUUCGCUUAGAGUUAGAGGUAAAUGGUCAUUGUGCAAAGAGACUUCCGAUUUGGAGAGUAUCUCAAAGAUCACCCUAGCCUAUAUUACGAGUGGCAACUGGCAGUAUCUCACAAGUAAAAGUGAAAUUACUGAGGCGCAUGUUAACUACUUUAUGAGGGUGACUGAGUGCUCCAGUGCAUGA